AUGGUAGAGAUUCCGGGAAGAUUUGACAGAACAGCGGCGGCUUUUGACGUGGCAGCGGCGCGUUUGCGUCCGCCUUGCGAUAGCAGCAGUGGAAGCGAUCACUCUCCGGAGGAUACAGCAGAUCUUUGGGAUCUGGUCGAAUCUUUUAUCGACAGAGAAGUGACAAAUUAUUUACCCGAGGAGGUUGCUGAGGAAGAGAACGAUGAUAAAUCGGACAGUGAGGAUGAUGAUGAUGAUUACGAAGAUGUGACGGAGAGGUUACGGGAGAUUAUUGUAAAUCACGGAAGCGGCGAAGAAGAGAGGCGGAGAAUAAUGGAUGAGGUCGUAAAUGCUGUUGGGUUCGUCGGAGAUAGACGCCACUUGAUGUCUCUUCUGCGUAACAAAGGUUUUGAUGCAGGUCUUUGCAAGUCCCGGUGGGCAAAAUUUGGAAAGAACACGGCCGGGAAGUACGAGUACGUGGACGUUAAGGGAGGAGAUAACAAGAAACGUUUUAUCGUCGAGACAAAUCUUCCCGGAGAGUUCGAGAUUGCUCGGCCUACGACAAGAUACGUUUCUCUCUUAGCUCAACUGCCACGUGUCUUUGUUGGAACACCUGAGGAUCUGAAACGGCUGGUGAGAAUCAUGUGCUUCGAGAUAAGACGGUCGAUGAAACGAGCGGAGAUUCACGUGCCACCGUGGAGGAGGAACGGUUAUAUGCAAGCCAAGUGGUUCGGUCACUAUAAACGAACCUCUAACGAAGUGGUGACUAAGGUUAAGAGCUGUGACUGUGGACCUCGUGUGGGGUUUGAGGAAUUGGUUAAAACGAAGGCGUUUCAAGGUUUGAAAGAGGAGGAGAGUAGGAAGAGGACCGGUUUAAAGAUUGGCCGGCUUACGGUGGCUUUCAAUGGUAGUGGUAUGGGGUUGUAA